UAAAUUUAUUAUAAAAGGAGCAUAAUGCAAAAUGUUUGAGCAGCAUCAACUUUAAAUGGCGUUUAAUUAUGUAAAAAAACUUCUAAAAUAAGUUUAAGCCUUAAACAAAAUCAAGUAAACAAAGAUGUGUGAAAAAUUUAAAUGAAUUUUCAAUUGGAAAAUUGGUUUCAUCUGCUAACAUGAGACGUCCAAAGAUAUCAUUAAAGAAAUAUUUUUAUUUUACAAUAAUAUGCGCUUUAUUGCUGAUAUUUUUAUAUAAUUUUAAAGAACGUGAAGUAUGGAAACCAAAAACUUCAUUAAUACCCUCAUCAGCUACAUCAAAUCAACAGCAGCAGCUGCUCACACAACAACAACAUUUAGGACAAAAUCUAGAGGAUGACUAUAAUGACAAAUACGAAGAGGAUGAUGAUACCGAAAAACCCUCAGACAGCUCAAAAUCUCAAACACGCUUAAAACUCACCAGCACAAAAACCACACCACAUUUGCAGCAGGCAGCUGCAGUCGCCGAGCAACAAGAACUAAGCGAAAGUGAACACGAGCCACAUUUGCAACAGUUGCAGCAGCCACAACAAAACAAUUUAGCUUCCAAUCCUUUGGACCCAGUCUCAAAAGCUUGGUUCUUUAAAAAUGGCGAAUACUAUCCCAAACCGGCCAAGGUGCACAAGAAACGACGGGGCAAAAAGGCACAUCUGCAGGGUUCAAAAUUAUUUCCCUACCAAGAUCCGCACAAUGAUCGCAUAGUCAAUCAGCUGAUGUAUGUGCCACCAAACUAUGAGGAAAUCAAAACGAGUGGUAAAUUAAAAACUAUACUAUUGUAUAAUGGUUUGGGUCCCUGGAAUGUUAAAGCAGGUCGUGAUGUCUUCCUUCGUUCUAAAUGUCCUGUGGACACCUGCGCCAUAACAGCAUCUCGCGAUCAGGCCAAUACAGCCGAUAUGAUUUUAUAUAAAGAUCAUUAUAUACCCACGGGUAUACGUAGACCUGCCAAUUCAAAACAAGUGGCCAUGCUUUAUUAUUUAGAGUGCCCGUAUCAUACGCAAAAUGUUAAGGUGCCGGAUGCUAUAAAUUGGACAGCUACUUAUAGACGUGACAGUGAUAUUGUGGCACCCUAUGAAAAAUGGGUUUAUUAUGAUUCGCGAGUUCAUCAACAGGAACAGGAUCGUAACUAUGCCGUUAAUAAAACUAAAAAAGUAGCCUGGUUUGUAUCGAAUUGUGGGGCACGUAAUGGAAGACUGCAAUUUGCUCAUGAAUUAGGCAAAUAUAUAGAUGUGGACAUCUAUGGCGCUUGUGGCAAUUACAAAUGCUCACGCGUUAACGCCGACAAAUGUUUCGAAAUGCUUGAUCGUGACUAUAAAUUCUACCUGGCUUUCGAAAAUUCCAACUGUAAAGACUAUAUAACGGAGAAAUUCUUUGUGAAUGCCCUCAAUCGCAACAUCUUGCCCAUUGUUAUGGGCGCUCGACCCGAAGACUACGAAGUUAGUGCCCCUGAAAGAUCCUACAUACAUGUCGAUGAGUUUGCCUCCGCCUCCGAAUUGGCUGAUUAUUUGCAUAUUUUGGAUAACGAUGAAAAACUCUACAAUUCAUAUUUCAAUUGGAAGGGUACCGGAGAGUUUAUCAAUACGUACUAUUGGUGUCGUGUGUGUUCGUCGUUGCACGAUGAGGAGUCGUUGCGUAAACCGCGCUGGUAUACGGAUGUAAAUGAUUGGUGGCGUGGUGCGGGCGUAUGUACAAAUGGUUCGUGGCGUAAUUUUAAGGCACGCAAAGAUGUAAUUACCGAUGAUUAAGCGAUGGCGGUGGGAGGUAGGUGAAAGGAUGUGUAAGUAACAAAAUAAAUAAUGUGCAAAAAAAAAAACAAGUUAUUAUUAAAACAGAAGUUAUAAAAAU